UUCACAACGAGUCGAAAAGAUUGAGUCUUUGACUGUUCUUCAUUAAAAGACUCAAUUCACAAUUGAAAUUCACCUAAACUUUUCGACUGUUCUUCAUCUUAACGGACUCAUCGCUCGACCGAAAAUCAAACACAGAAAUGGAGUCGACCCUCAAGGAAUAUUUUGGGUUUUCGAAAUUUCGCCCCUACCAGAGAGAAAUUGUGGAGAAAAUUUUAGAUGGUAAAGAUUGCUUGGUGGUUAUGGCCACCGGCAGUGGCAAGUCCUUGUGCUAUCAGGUGCCACCAUUGAUUGCGAAAAAGACUGCUGUUGUCAUAAGCCCUCUUAUUUCUUUGAUGCAAGAUCAGGUAAUGGCAUUGAAGCAAAGAGGUAUAAGAGCUGAGUAUCUCUCAAGUGCUCAGACUAACCGUAGUGCACAUGGUAAUGCUGAAAGUGGCCAGUAUGAUAUAUUGUACAUGACUCCAGAGAAGGCCUGCAUGCUUACAACCAGUUUCUGGUCCAGAUUGCUAAUUUCAGGAAUAUGUCUCCUGGCUGUUGAUGAAGCACAUUGCAUUUCAGAGUGGGGUCAUGAUUUCAGGGUGGAGUAUAAACAAUUAGGUGGGCUGCGGGAUGUUCUACCAAAUGUUCCAUUUGUUGGCUUGACGGCAACUGCUACUGCAAAGGUUCGCAUUGACAUUAUAAAUUCACUGAAGAUGAAAAAUCCUCAAGUAACUAUUGGCUCAUUUGACCGUCAAAAUCUCUUCUAUGGAGUUAGAUAUUCCAACCGCAGUUUAGCUUUUGUGGAUGAGCUUGUGAAGGAGAUUUCUCAAUAUGCGAACAGCAGAAAUUCAACUAUAGUAUACUGUACAACUGUCAAAGAUGCUGAACAGAUUUUCAAGUUCCUUCACAAGGACGGAAUUGAGGCUGGAAUCUACCAUGGCCAAAUGUCUAAUAAAGCACGUGAGGAGUCACACAGGGCAUUCAUCAGAGAUGAAUUUUAUGUCAUGGUUGCAACUAUAGCAUUUGGCAUGGGUAUUGACAAGCCUAACAUUAGACAUGUGAUGCACUAUGGUUGCCCAAAGAGUUUGGAAUCAUAUUACCAGGAAAGUGGACGUUGUGGUAGAGAUGGCAUUCCUUCGACCUGUUGGUUGUAUUAUGCAAGAAGCGACUUUUGGAAAGCCGAUUUUUACUGUUCAGAAGCACGCACAGCAGAGCAAAGAAAAGCUAUUAUGGAGUCAUUCAUGGCAGCACAACGCUAUUGUUCGCUGACAACUUGUAGAAGAAAGUAUCUUUUGGAGUACUUUGGAGAGAAAUACGGCUCUGCCAAUUGUGGAACUUGUGAUAAUUGCACUAGCUCAAAGAAUGAGAGUGAUAUGUCUUGGGAGGCAUUUCUUUUAAUGGCUUGCGUUAAAGCAUGUGGAGGUCACUGGGGUCUCAAUCUGCCAGUUGAUGUUCUUCGUGGAUCUCGAUCCAAGAAAAUUCUUGAUGCUCAGUUUGAUAAGCUUCCUUUCCACGGCCUCGGGAAAGAGAUGCCAGCAAAUUGGUGGAAGGCUCUAGCUGAUCAGUUGAUUUCACGUGAUUAUUUGGUGGAGACCUUCAAAGAUGUGUUCAAAACUGUAAGUGUCGGACAAAAAGGAGUGUACUUCUUGAAUUCUUGCAGUCCUGAUCAUCAGCCUCCAUUAUAUCUGUCAUCACCUUCAGAAAUAAUUGGUGAUGUCAAAGUUACAGACGUAGUUGGUGAGGCUGGAGUUGAUGGUUUGGCUCCACUUAAAUUUGAGGGGUUGUCCCAGGGAGAGGCAGAGUUCUAUAAAAUGCUUGUAGAAGAAAGAAUGAAGAUAGCAAAAAAAUCUGGAACUGCUCCAUAUGCAAUAUGUGGUGAUCAAACAUUAAGAAGGAUAGCAUUGACAAGGCCAUCUACUCGAGCAAGGCUAGCAAAUAUAGAUGGCGUGAACCAGCACUUUCUAAAUACACAUGGAGAUUGUUUGCUACAAAGCAUUCGGCAUCUAUCUAAAGAGUUGAAUAUUGCUUUGGACGGGGAGCCAAACAUACAAACUCCUACUCCAACGAAGGUUUUGACUGUACCAAACUAUAAGAGAUUGCCGGCAAAGUUUGAAGCUUGGAGAAUGUGGCAAGAAGAUGGCCUUACAUUCCAUAAAAUUGCCAAUUUUCCUGGCCGAGCAGCUCCAAUAAAAGAACAAACUGUAAUUGAGUAUCUUCUUGAAGCUGCAAGAGAGGGACGUACUAUCGCUUGGACGAGAUUCUGUGAGGAGAUUGGAUUAACACGGCAGAUAUUUACGAAUAUUCAGAAUGUUGCGUCAAAAGUUGGCAAAGAGAAGCUAAAACCUAUCAAAACUGAAUUACCGGAAGAAGUAACUUAUAGCCAGAUCAAGUCCUGCUUGCUGAUGCAAGAGAUGGGAAUAUCGACUAAAGUUAUAUCAUCUGGGCAUCAUCACGUCUACAGAGUAGAGGGUCAAGCCAAUGGUGAAUCACUCGUGGACAAUGUAAAUGGUGGUAGUUCACUGGGAAAAUCUGAAGACACAGAUUCCGAUAUCCUCAUAGGGAGUGCAAAUACAGAACAGUUAGUAUGUGGUACUGAUGGUUCACCGAAUUCUAGGAAACGCCAGAGAGUUGAUGGACCUCAAGCUGGACAAUCUGCUGCAGUUGAGGCAACGGAGAGUUCCAUAUUACGCUGGCUUGAGAAUUUUGAUGAUGGGGUUUCACUAUCUGAACUCUCGGAACACUUCAGUGGAUCAAAGGAAGAGGCAAUAGUAGAUCUGCUAAACAAUCUAGAGGAGGUAACCAGGUGAGAGUAUUCUACAUCUCCGGUGAAAUUCUUGGUGGCUUUCGGUGGAUCUUUUCGUGUUAUAUUCAUUGUCAUUUUCGUGGGUGACGGUGUAUGAUCCGGUCUGACACAAAUCUAAGUUCAACAUCAUAGGAGACUUGGUUGGCAGUGUAGAAGAAGCUUUGGGUCGUUUGGUUUGGUUUUAUAUUUAGAGAGUUUAUAUUUUUUGCAUUGUAGUUGUAAUAAUUUUUUGUAUACUAUACUUUAAACUCUACACUAUGAAACAAUUUAUGUGAAGUGGCUAU